GGCGGAGUAACGGGGGCGAUUUGAGCAUUGGCCGAAGCGCGGAGCGUGACAUUGCGGCCCACUGAGGCUGCAGUGGCGCCGGACACGGUCUGUCAGGUCAGAGUCCAGGGAGGAAUCCGCUGCUCGGCUGUCCAACUUGCCGUAACGGCAGGCCAUUAUACUCGAGAUUGAAUACCAGCGGCGAUUACAAUGUACACGGAGAUAUCUACAAUAAAAACAGAAGGGCAAGUCAGUCAGCAUCCAAGCAGAUGCAAUCAGAGUUGACCAGCUUCCAUCGAAAAUGCGAAACGUAACUUUUAGUCUCCUCACAGAUGUGACCUGAUCUAUUGUCUGUUCCCAGUAUUUACUGUUUUUAAUUUAAAUCCAUGGUGUUCGGUAAACAACAGUGUCGGAGGGUAGAUUGCUGCUUGCGGCGGUAACAUCGGAGCACGACAUUGUGGAGGUGAUGGUGUAAUUCUCCAGCCGUCGUUCGUGAUCAUCACUGUAAUGAAGGAUCAUACUGCACAGAGCCAAUUAGGAGAAUGGAUACUUUACUCGCUGAAGAACAGUUACACGGGAGUGGCUCAGGGGAAGGUGUUACAUCUUUGACUGCACUAACUCUCGCCGAACGCGGUCGGGAAGGAAGCCCACAUUCAACACAUUUGAUUGGUCAGCAAGCCAGUGCUACAUCAUCAGAUCCGAAACCAUUCAGCAACACCAAGAACUUCCUCAAGAAAGGCAUUUUGGAAGAGGUAGCUGCUGAAGAUCAUUCACUUCAGGGGAUGCAAAGUCCUUCAACCCCGCUUCCAGAAGAUCAUGUGCAGGAUGAAGAUUUCAAGUGUUCUCACUGUGAAAAGACCUUCAAAGAAUUAUCUUCAUUUACUGCUCACGAGCAGACCCACAGAGACGAUAACCCACUGAAGUGUAAGGUUUGUGACAAGGUCUUCAUGCACUUGUCUAGUCUGCAAAAGCAUCACCGCAUACACACGGGAGAGAGGCCGUUUAAGUGUGAGGUUUGUGGGAGAGCCUUUUCAGUUUCAUCGAGCCUUUUACAGCACCAGCGCAUUCAUACGGGCGAAAAGCCCUUCCAGUGCAACGUCUGCCAGAAGCGCUUCACCGAAUCCUCUUCCCUCAGAACUCACCAGCACAUUCACACAGGCGAGAAGCCUUUCAAGUGUAAUGAAUGUGGCAAAGGCUAUAGCAGGUCGUCACAGCUGCUGACCCAUCAGCACACACACACAGACGAGAAACCUUUUCAGUGCACCGUCUGCCUGAAGGGUUUCAUCCAGUUUGCCCACCUGACCAACCACCAGCGGGUCCACACCGGUGAGAAGCCAUUCCAGUGUGAUCUUUGUCAGAAACGCUUCGUUUCCUUCUCCUCGCUUGCAUCACACCAGUACAUCCACACGGGCACGAAGCCCUUCAAGUGUGAGUUGUGCGGCAAGACGUUCACCCUGUCGUCAAACCUCCUUAAACACCGGCGCAGCCACGCUGGCGAGAAGCCCUUCAAGUGUGAUGUCUGCGGCAAGACCUUCACUGUGUCCUCCAGCCUCCUGAAGCACCAACGCAUCCACACGGGAGAGAAGCCGUUCAAGUGUGCGGUCUGCUCCAAGUGCUUCAUUGAUUCCUCUUCACUGAACAGGCACCAGCGCAUCCACACGGGUGUGAAACCGUUCAAAUGCGAGGUCUGCAACAAGGUGUUCACAGUCUCCUCAAGCCUCCUAAAACACCAAUAUAUGCAUACCAGGUAGAAGACCAUACACUGUGAUAUCUGGAAAUGCUUUAGGAUCUCCUUUUUGGUCAGGUUGUGGAAGUACAUCUGUGCAGGACAAAGACCAUUGAACCACUGUGUCUCAGAGGGCUUCGGUGUGAUAAAUGUUCAUCCAAGCGUGUCAGUCCCGGUUACUUCCCUGAUCUCUGGUAUGAGCAGUUAUCACGAGUGAUACGUGUCUGAAUGGGUUAGCAUAUGAAUUCUUUUGCACUCAUCGUUCAUCCCAGCAGAGCUGAGCUUGUGCAAAAGUUCAGGCAGUGCUAACCUUGAGUUAUGACCACAUCCAUGUUUCUACUCUGCAUCAGCAUCCCAGGAUCAAACUACUCAAAACUAUUCCCACCAACACUAUGACAUGGGACACCGUAGUCCAGCAUGGGAUCCGGGAGCGUUGACCUACUGAGAUUGCAGCAACCAUUGACUAGCAUUGACACUGAUCCCUGUUUGUUUAUAAAUUCACACAUUCUCAUGGGCUCGUCUCAGAUUCUGCCAUUAAAACACCCACGGGUGAGGCAGAAAACUGGAGUUAUGUUUAUUGUUUUUUUUAGAAAGCAGGGCAAGUUGAAUUGAUUCAAAAUGGGUACUGUUGCUCAUAACCCCACUUUUAGCUAUGUUGAAGCAAUUGUUAUCAGGUUAAAGAUGUACAGAGCAGGUUCUUUAUAGAUUGGAAGGUGCUGCCAGGGGAGGUGGUAGAAGUAAAUACAAUGGCAAUACUUAUGAAGGAAGCAUUUAGAAGGAUACAUAAACCAACAGACCUGUGCAGGCAGAUGGCAUGAGUUGGGUUGGUAUCACGGUGGGCACACCAUGCACUGUACUGUUCCACAUUCUCUCACAUUAAGGAAUACUUAUUAAUGAAUAAGAGGCAAUUACUUUUAAAAGUCCUGACGAAGGGUCUCGGCCCGAAAUGUUGACAGUGCUUCUCCCUAUCGAUGCUGCCUGGCCUGCUGUGUUCCACCAGCAUUUUGUGUGUGUUGUUGUUUCAAUUACUUUUAAAAUUGUGUUUCCUGUAUGCUCACAAAAGUGGUUACAUUUCUAGGUAUAGUGACCACUUUGUAUUAAUCUGUGAUUUUAAGUGAGCAAAACUGUCCCUGGUUUAUCACAGGAGCAUCAUCAAAUAAAAAUUCUCACCGAACUUUAAUAGGAAAUAUCGGGGAAAAUAUCCGAAAUCUCCAUCAGAGAUGAGUUUUAAAGAUUUCUAGAGAAAAAUUUGGCAGGUGAAGAUUUCAAAGAAGCACACACAAAACGCUGGAAGAACUCAGCAGGUCAGGCAGCAUCCAUGGAAAUGAAUAAGCAGUCGAUGUUUUGGGCUGAGGCCCUUCUUCAUGGCCCUUCACGAGUCCUAAAGAAGGGCCUCAGCCCAAAAUGUUGAUGAUCUAUUCAUUUCCAUAGAUGCUGCCACUCCUGCUGAAUCCUUCCUGCCUCUGCAGACUUCCUUGCGUUUAAGAUGAAGAUUUAAUUCAAUUUUGAGGAUGAUGAGGUGGCUAAGAUUUAAGCAUAUUUUGGUUAUAAGCUUGAAGAAGGUGGAAGAGGCAAGGAAGGAUUUGAAAACAGUGAGCAUUUUAAAAUCAGGCAUUGCCUAACAAAGAAACAACGAAGGUUGUCACAUACAGUGAUGAUGAAUAAAUGGGACAGUGACGGACAUUUGAAAUGUUUACCUUCAAGCUUACCACUUGAAUUGUAGGGUAUUUCUGGCACCACUUUUCUUUUUGUCAUUUUCCAUCUACAGCGGAUUCCAGUAAAUUGGGACACAUCAGGACCAGCACUUUUUGGCCCAAUUAAGUUGGUGUCAUGGAAAUAGUUAAAAAGGUAUUAAAAAAAAACGACAAACUGCUGUUUAACAGAGUGACAAAUUAUGUAUUUAAAUGAAAUACCAAACAGAUUAGAACACUACCAAUAUCACUACAGUACUAUAAAACUGUAUAAGUUCCUAAUAGUUAUUGAUGGAGAAAUUCAUCCAGUGUAUACUGCCUGUAUGGGGAAGGGACAUGUUGGGUUCAUUCUGGGACAGCUCACUCACCUUUGGUCCCCGAUGGACAUUCAGCUCUGACCUAUGGCUCCAAGUAGCUGUUUGCAUGGGACAGUGGCCACACCUCCGGUACACCACUUCGACGGGCGGACUAAACCAGGUGAAGGCAGCCAGCAGGCCUCGUACCCCGGUGAGAGAGGGACAUGCCUCUCCUAGUAUGUGUAGUCAUCUCUGGCGGACUGGGUGGGUGAGAUCCAACAGCCAGGAAGGUAGCUUUUCAAAGCUUUGUGAAGAGUGAAGGCAUGAUAAGGCAUUGGUAAAGUCGUGGUUAUUCACUGCAACCAAGGAAGAUCUCAGUUUGUUGACAAUUACAUGUUCCACUGGAUCUGGCCUUCCGAGAGCGAGAGUGGAACUGUUCCAUUGCAAUGGCUUUUUCACUUUAAAACCUCCCACACAGGUUUCACUGUCAUCAGAUAUGAUGGACAACCAACACUGCUGUAUUCUUUUGAUUGACUGAAAAUUAGCACAGACGCCUAGUGAAAAUACUGGGCUGCUUUCAUACAAUGCUUUCAAUGACUGCAUCCUCCAGAUCUUCAUUUUCAUUGUAACAUUCAAGAUGAUUGCCUUACCUUUGAAUUCUUUGUAGUUCCUAAACUGUUGAAGUAGUGAACUGGUUUUUUUUCUUUUGUGGCCGUUUCUGGUGUCUGCAACCCUGACUGCGUGAAACAGCGGUGAGCAAAACUGUCCUGGAUUGUCUCACAGCUUAUUUCACGUGGACUAUCGGUGACAAAAAUCACUGCUUUUUUGAACACAAAUGCACACAACUGACAGUAUUUAAAAACUGUUUGCUCCAAGCACGGUAGUGUCUACAAGUUCAUGUGAUUGGUGCUAGUUAGUAACUGUUAAGUAUCUCAAUUAAGUGGCACAGUGUACCAAAUAAACAAAGGGAAUCCCAGCUA